GAGUACUUUUUCCGGGGCGGCACUGUAAACAUCAAUACGUAAAUGGCUGCACUGCUAAUUCUCAAACUACGAAAACAACCACCAUAUGAGCACACCAGGUAUGGAAACGAUGGAGCAGAAUGACAACGAAGGGGACAACUUUAGGUUACACUUGGUGACGUGGAAUGUAGCCACAGCUGAUCCUCCUGUUGACAUUAGCUCACUUCUCCAUUUAGAGUCUCCAAAGGGCCCAGACGUCUAUGUCUUUGGCUUUCAGGAGGUGUACUCUGGACCGCUGAGAUUCAUGUCAGAUGUUGUGUUUGACGACCCUUGGAGCCAUUGUCUUAUGACCACCCUGGCACCGUGGAAUUAUGUCAAGGUGUCGUCCAUCAGAAUGCAGGGUCUGCUGUUGCUCUUCUUCUCCAAGCUGGAGCACCUCCCAUUUAUCCGAGACAUCCAGGCCACUUAUACACGCACCGGCAUCUUUGGUUAUUGGGGUAACAAAGGUGGUGUGUCCAUCCGUCUGUCUUUCUAUGGCCACAUGCUCUGUUUCCUCAACUGUCACUUGUCUGCUCAUAUGAACAAUGCCACUGAGCGAAUGAUCGAGUUUGAGUAUAUCACCGACAUGCAGAUUUUCAACUGUGAAAAGGCUCAGAGAAUUCUUGACCACAGGCUGGUCUUUUGGUUUGGAGAUCUCAACUUUCGAAUUCAGGACCACGGCAUGCACUUUGUACGAACGUGCAUCAGCGAUCAAAACUACAGCUUGCUGUGGAGCAAAGACCAGCUGAUCAUGUUGAAGAAAAAGGAGAAGCUGCUCCAAGAGUUUGAGGAAGGACCUCUACACUUCCAACCCACAUACAAGUUUGACCUAAACACAGAUCUAUAUGACAGCAGGGUCUACAGGACAUGGUUUGUCUUUAACAGUAAGAAGCGCAAACCCGCCUGGACGGACAGAAUUCUAUGGCGCCUCAUACCCAAAGCACUGUCUUCUGACAAGCAAGAAGAAUGCGGGGACAGGUCGGACGCAAACAAUGUGGGGCAGCCUGAGGAAGCGAAAAAAAGUAUUUUAGAGCUCAGCCAGGACUUGUACACCAGUGACAUGCAGUAUAGAAUCAGUGACCACAAACCUGUCAUCGGUAUCUUCACCCUGAAGUUAAAGAAGAUGCAAACGACUCCUCUGGUACAUCUCCUGGCUGAGGGGGAGUGGAGUGCAGACAUUGAUGCUAUGCUUGUGUACUUCCCUAAGCAGCCAUUCCCUUCCAGUUCAUGGGACUGGAUUGGACUUUAUAAGGUUGGAUUCAGCAGUGUGUUCGACUACAUCACAUACACGUGGGUCAAAGAUGACGAAGUGGCUGUCGAUGAAGAAGCCAUAAAGGUGUACAUGAGUAAAGAUGAGAUCCCAGUACGGGGAGGAGAAUGCGUGCUGGGCUACUACUGUAACACUUUACAGUGCAUUAUUGGAAUCAGCGAACCGUUCAAGGUCCAUGCGUCAAAGGUGGCAAUUGAGGAGGGCUUGGUGCCUGAAAAGCUCAGGAGUCUGCAUUGAAGCGGAGCCACAGAAAACAUUCAGGACUAACAGAUUCAUGCCUGGUUUCUUGAUGCCUAAACUAUGUUUGUAGUAUGUUUUACUCAUCCACUGAUUGAGCAGCUUCUCAUCACAGUGUUCCUCUGCUAGCUCUACCAGUGUUACGUCGGUCAAUUUUGUGAUAACUGGCAUGAAUGCUGAAAGAUCGUACUGCGUGUCAUUCAUUGAUGAUGAUGCAGUGCUUUGAUAGGCUGACAAUGUAUCCGAUUAUGUUGUCAGAUCCACUGCAGCAUGAUAGGACCUGAGUUUAAGAGAAUUCCUCAUGCAAACAAUCGUUUUCAUAGCAAAAACGAGGGUUGGUACCAAAGCUAGUCUGUGGUAUUGUCCACUAAUCCUAUAUUCAUUGGGAAACAAAAAAGCCAGGUGUAGGUGAUGAGACACCAGAUUCCUUAAUGGCAACAACACAUUCACGCUCAUUAUAUUUUUAGUGAGACUUUUAAAGAAGUCAUAAUUUUUUUUUUUUUUAACAUUCAAAACAUUCCAGAUUUUGCAUAAGUUAUGUUUUACAGUCUUUAAACUGCUUCCUGUCUAUUCAGGAUGCACCUUUUAGUGGGCAGCCUUAAGUGGGCUCCACUUCGACUGAGUCUUCUGCCCGUCAGCCAGCUUACAUAUGGAAUCAGAUGACAGGAUAUAAGUUAAAACUAUACUUUGUAUUAGAAAUGGCAACAGCGGAGGAUGCAUGUGCAUGUACGAGACAGUGUGCCCCACAGCAAGAGGAUAGAGAAAAAGAAGGAACUUAUUCACUACAUUGUCUGACUACAAUGUCGGAAUCGUGCCAUGCUCUUAAGAGUAAACUUCUACCAUAUAUGGAGAUGUCCGCUGUUGUCACCAAUGGCAAAAAACAUCACAAAUGGGGCAAAGUCCUAACAGCUCUAUCCAUCCAUCGAUCCAUUUUCUACCGCUUGUCCCUUUUGGAGUCGCAGGGGGUGCUGGAGCCUAUCCCAGCUGCACUCGGGCAGAAGGCGGUGUACACCCUGGACAAGUCGCCACCUCACCGCAGGGCCAACACAGAUAGACAACAUUCACACUCACUUUCACACACCAUGGCCAAUUUAGUGUUGCCAAUCAACCUAUCCCCAGGUGCAUGUCUUUGGAAGUGGGAGGAAGCCGAAGUACCCGGAGGGAACCCACACAGUCACAAAGAGGACAUGCACACUACACACAGAAAGACCCCGAGGCCGGGAUCGAACUCAGGACCUUUGCAAAUAGCUCAUUUGAAGGAACUAGCCAACUUUUCUUACCUAUUUCUACCUGAUUUUCUGUAUUUGGGAUCUGCAUAAGUCCCAAAAAUAUGAAAUGAAAUGGCGGACAUACAAUAGACCAAUCUUGCCUUCCUUCGUACUUCCCCCAAACAAGCCGUUUACAAUUUGCCCAUAAGUUUACCAGAAAAGCUUUGCACAAGUCUGCCAUUGUAGUCCGACGACAUAGUCAAUGAGUUCUUUCUUUUUCCCUAUUCUCUUGCUGUGGGGCAGACUGGCCCGUACAUGCACGUGCAUCCUUCGCUGUUGCCAUUUCUAAUACAAAGUAGCAUACAGUUCUAGCUUAAUCUAUCAGUGAAAUCGCUAUGGAAGCGCUAAAAACUACAACAUGGCUGACAGGGAAACGAUGCAGUCAAAGUGGAGGCAUGUUAGUGACACUGCCCACAAAAUGGCGCAUCCUGAAGAGACGGUCAGAAAGCAGCUUGAAGAUGGUCUGUAAAACAUAGUAUAUGUAAACAUUUUUUCUACCCCAAUCCACCAUUACAUGUUAUGUAAAUGACAAGGAAGGGUUUUAACUAUAGAAAAAACCCCAUCCUAAAACGACUUCUUCAAGACUAAAUCCUUCUCACCCUAAUAAGCAUUUGUGAUGUACUGUAUUGCUCAAGUGUUCUGAUAAUGCUGUAAUAUGUAAGCUGGACUUAUUUACUUGUUUUUUAUGCAAUUUUUAUUGUUUAUAUAAACCCAGUGUUUAUAUAUAUCUGCUGUUGAAAGAGUCCACUUUUACUUCUCUUCAUUGUCAUUUAUUUAAUCAAAAAUUCUAACUGUUCUUAGUGUACAUGAAAGCACAUUUAUUUUUUAAGUAACUUACCUAAAGCUUAUUGUCUUUUAUCUGGCAGUUUUAGCAGGCUAUUAUAGCACCUUUAUAGUUGUUUUAAAUCACUGUAAAAUGAUGAAUGCAAACACAUUGUUGUAUUAUGCCCAAGUGUACUGUAUGUGUGUGUACACACACACACACACACACACACACACACACACACACACACACACGUGUGUGUAUAUAAAUAUAUACGUGUAUAUAUAUAUUUAUAUAUAUGCAUCUAGAUACACACACACACAUGUAUAUAUAUAUAUAUAUAUAUAUAUAUAUAUAUAUAUAUAUAUAAACACACACACACACUUAAAUAUAAACAUUAUACACAGAUAUAUGUAUAAUGUGUGUAUAUCUAUCUAUCUAUCUACACACACUUAAAUAUAAACAUUAUACACAGAUAUAUGUAUAAUGUGUGUAUAUCUAUCUAUCUAUCUAUCUAGAUGGAUACAUAUAUAUAUAUAUACACAUUAUACAUAUACUGUAUGUGUAUAAUUUAACCUAUUAUUUUAGAGAAAUGGAAAGAGAUGUUUUAUUUUAAUAGCUAUUACAAAAUAGUAUAAUAUAUGGCUGCAAUAUGCUGAAAGACCAAAAAUUGUAACUUCGAAAAUAAAUAUAAAAAAAAUGUUUACAAUUUGUUUUCUAUUAUUUUGUUGACUUAAAUGUGACACUGUAUAGGUUUUGUGUACAAUAAAAAAUAAAACACG